GGUGGUGCGGCACCGGAGCGGCCGGGCCCCGCCGGCAGAGCGCCGGACUCCCGGGACCGGCCCCCCCCGCACCCCGCGGGCGGCAGCCCAGCCCCUCGGGUUGCGGGGCGCUUGUGGAGCCCGGCUGUCAGCUCGCCCUCACGCCGGUGGUGGUGGGGAACUUUGUCCUACCGAGGCGGUUUUGUGGGUGUUUUGCCCAAAGAUCUCUUGGGUGGACAUUGGAAAUAACUUUGGAUGGUUCUGGGGUUCUUUCUGUUAACCCGGGAGAAUUAACGUAGAGGCCAGAUUGAAAACAUGUCUUCGUGAAAAAUAUUCUACAAAACUGAUACCGUCUUGGCUUUAAGAUAAAAAUAUGGCCUAUCAGAAAGUGAAUGCAGACCAGAGAGCACAGGGGCACUCACCGUACCUUGACAAUGAUGAGCUCCAAGCUACAGCACUGGAAUUGGAAUGGGACAUGGAAAAAGAGCUGGAGGAGCCUGGCUUUGACCAUUUCCGACUGGAUGGUGCAGUCCAGCAUCACUUGGGAAACUCACAGAGCCCUGACCUGGAUCUUGAGCCUAUCCAGCCUUCGUCUUCUCCAAAGGGAAGAUUCCAGCGGCUUCAGGAAGACCCAGACUAUGUCUCACACUAUACGAGACAGGCACCAAAGAGCAACCGCUGCAGUUUUUUUCAGAUACUGAAAGUAUUUUGCACUGCUUUGAUUUUAUUUAUUUUUGGAAUUGUGAUGGGAUAUUAUGCACUCAAGAAAUGCCCUUCUCCCCUAACAUCUCAAGAAAGAAAUAACCCUCAUGUCUACCAUGAAAUUCUCAAGGAGAUCAAAGCUGAAAAUAUUAAACAGAUUUACAGAGAUUUGUUACAGUUCCCAGGAGAAGAUGAUGUAGACGUUGCAAUGAAAAUUCUGGUUCAGUGGAGUUCCCAAGGCCUUGAAGAUGCCCGGCUGGUAAAUUACUCUGUUUUGCUUGACCUACCAGGCUCUUCUUCAAACACAGUAACUCUGAAAAACAGCGGUGAAUGCUUUUAUCCUAGUGGACAACAGUGCAACAGAGAGACCAAAACGCUUCAUAACCAAGACCUCCUGUACUCGUAUGCAGCUUACUCUGCUAGAGGAACUCUUGAGGCAGAACUUGUUGAUAUACAGUAUGGGACCACGGAAGACCUGAUUCGGAUUCAAGCUAUUACAAACGUGACCAAAAAAAUUGCACUUUUGAAGCUAGGACAAUCGCCUUUGCUUUAUAAGCUUUCUCUGUUAGAAGAUGCAGGAUUUGGUGGUGUUCUUCUUUACAUCGAUCCUUGUGACUUACCAAAGACUACAGAUCUUGAUGAUAAAGCUUUUAUGGUUUCCUUGAAUAGUGGAGGAGAUCCAUCAACACCUGGUUAUGCCAGCAUUGAUGGAAGCUACAGACAAAAUCGACUAAACCUCACAACACUGUUAGUACAACCAAUUUCUGCAGUGCUUGCCAAAAAACUCGUUUCCUUACCUGAGGACACUGCCCAAAAAGAUAGUUGUAUACCCCUCCAGCUGCCAGCAACAGGCAAAAAAGUAAUCAGUUUGAAUAUUCAGUCAGUCUCAACUUACAAGACAAUAUCUAACGUUAUUGGAUAUUUAAAAGGAACAGUAUUUCCAGACAGAUACAUCAUCAUUGGUAGUCAUCACAACAGUCUGAAUACUUACGGUGGACAAGAAUGGGCGAGUAGCACUGCUAUCAUCACAGCAUUUAUACAAGCCUUGAUGCUGAAAGUUAAGAGAGGCUGGAGACCUGACCGGACCAUUGUUUUCUGCUCAUGGGGAGGAACAUCAUUUGGGAACAUCGGUUCAUAUGAAUGGGCAGAGGAUCUCAAGAGAGUUCUUCAAAGAAAUGUUGUGGCUUACAUUAGCCUCCAUAAUCCGGUCAGAGGCAACUCAACUUUACACCCUGUUGCAUCCCCUUCUCUUCAGCAACUGGCAGCAGAGAGCCAGAGCUUCAACUGUGUGGAAAAGACUAGAUGUCCAGGGUCUAAUGUGAGUUCUGUGCAGAUACAGGGAGAUUCAGAUUAUUUCAUCAACCAUCUUGGAGUACCUGCCAUGCAGUUUUCUUAUGAGGACAUCAAAUCAUCAGAGAACCCUAGCUUUCUCUCUGAAGCUCUUUUUCCUGUACAUACAACAAAAACUGAAAAGCUGGAUCCCACCUUCAGCCUGCAUGAGACCAUUGCAAAGCUAACAGGACAAGUGACUUUGCAAAUUGCCAAUGAACCGGUUUUGCCAUUUAAUGCCCUCGACAUCGCGUUAGAAGUUCAGAACAGUCUUAAAGGUGAAGAAGUAGACAUUCCUCAGUUGCUUACAGUGGCAUCACAUCUGAGGGACACUGCAGAAUUGUUCCAAUCAGAUGAGAUGCGCCCAGCUAAUGACCCCAAGGAGCGAGCUCCUAUCAGAGUCAGGAUGCUCAAUGAUGUGCUACAAAGCUUGGAGAAAAGCUUCCUGGUUCAUCGAGUUCCUCCAGGACUUUACAGAAAUAUUCUUUACAGACUAGAUGAAAGGACAAGCCAGUUUUCAGUACUGCUAAAGGCACUGGAGCAGUGCAAACUACAUCAGUCAAAUGAGACCAUUCAAGCAGCCUUGUCAGAGGUGCUGAACAGCAUCAAUUCAGCUCAGGUUUACUUCAAAGCUGGACUUGAUGUGUUUGAGACUACCUUAGCUGGAAAGAAAUGAGAGGAUUCUCUGCAUUCUAAGAUGUUUGUUUACAACUUGCUAAACAAAAGUUCAACUUGGACCAGAAUUUCUCUGAGGAUGAAACCUUUCUCAGCUUUUCUUUCAGUUGGCGCUUAAAGGUACUGCAAUGCGUGUUUUUAUCAACAUAAAACAGUCUUUUGCACUGUUCACAGUACAUCUCAAAUGUCUGUCUCUGAAUGUAUAAAAUGUAAUGAGAGGUAAUAACACUUAAGAUAUGAUUUUUGGAGGGACAUCUGCUGUAUUUUUAUAUGUAAAAUAUAUUUUUAUGACUAAGAGCUCGAUCUUGCAAAGUACUGAGCACGUCUUGCAAUAUGCUGAAGACCUGGUUCUGAGGCACCCCAGAUGUAUACCCAGGUGAGCUUUCCAUGCCUACUCUGUCAGAAUAAUGUGACUUAAAUAUACUCUUGUGUUUCUUAACUUCCUCAGCAAACUCAUCUUCUUCCUUACUCCUUUCAGAGUAAGUAGUUGAAGCUGGCAUUUCCUUGGGUAUCCAGCACCAGAGUUAAUCAGGAAAUGUACAAAACACCUUACUGGGGCAAUCCAACAUCUUUACUCCUGUGGAACAAGAAAUACCUCAAUUCUGAGAAUACAGAUAAACUUUGAUUAUCCCAUUUCUGUAUGAAAAAGAGUUGUUUUCUCUGGUAAUUCUUGGAGAGAAAAAUUUUGUGAUUAUUUCAAAUUAUUUGAAAGUUUGAAUCAGUAGUUUUACUUGUAUGAAAAUACUUUGAAUCAUUAUGUUAAAUAAAAGGACUACCUAGUCUUAUAAGGCUACAGGCCUUAGAAGCUUAUACAUUACCAAAACAGCCCAGUGCAAGGUCUCCCUAGUUUUCCAGAGAGCAGUAAAGGAAAACAAGACCUCAGAGUUCUGGGAGCAUGUUUGGGAUUCCACCACUUGGCUACACCACCCAUUAUUCCAGGCUUGAUCAUUCCAUCAGCAGUGCCUGGCAUGUAGGACAUGGAUUAUUGUCAAAAAAGCACAAGGAAGACAUAAAUUCAUUCCCAACAGUAGAACCAGAAAUUCACCUCUGAAGGCACAAGCUGAUGAAGUGUAUUGCAGGGCUAAAACUCAAAUCUGUUUUGCAUUGGUGGAAGCCCUGUACAAAGACUGUAAUCACACUAUUACUUCAUUGGCCUGAAGUCAUCUGCGAAUGAAAGGAUCACAAGGUUCAAUGUCCUAACCUCUGAGGGGAUCAUAUACACACAUGAGAACUGCAGGUCUUGAUACUAUAAACAGUUAAAAUUGUUAAGCCCUAUUGGGUUUAGAGUUUUACAGUCUCAGAUGAUUCUGGGGUUAGAGGGUAAAAAAUUAAUUUUAUAUAGAUACUUAGAAUUGAAAUAUAAUUUAUUUGAUGGAAAUGUUAAACGUAUUGUUACCCAGUUUGCCAUGGAAACAGUACAGAAACAUUUCAGGUUGCAAUAAAAAAGGAAAAAGUAUCUGUAGUAAUGUAAAAAAAUUGCCUGCUGGAAAAUUUCAAAAGUGCACAAUUUGUUGAAGGACUUUUUGAAGUGUGUGUUCACAUAACAAGAAAUGGGAGUUGUUUACAGAUCUGGGUUUCUAUUUCCAAAAGUCCUUGGCAAAUGGGCCUCUAUUAGCAAUGACUCCGGAAUAGGUGCAUACAGCUAUGCUGUUGCUACAUUUCGUUGCAAGUUAUUGUCACAGUGUGGGCAAAAGUAUCCCAGGUCUAACCAGAGGCAGGGCUAUGCAGUUGUACAGCUAUAACUGAUGUGGGAGUAUGUUCAACAUCAGUCAGUGUGACUGUAUGAACUUAGACAUGAUUAUCUCCUAUCUUUACUUGGCAUCUGAUAAGCAAGAGUAUAUGAUUAUUCUUUUGCUAAUGCUGGUACCAGUUCUGUUAACUGUGGAGAGAAUUUGACUUCUGAAGAGUAAAGUUUUUUCUGAUACUAGAAUGGUGGUUCAUACCCUUGUUUCUGUAGUUUUUACUAUUGUAAUAUUUAAGUGGUUGGAAUAGCUACAUUUGAGUCGUACGUUUUGUUUGGUGACAAUAUUUGGAGUGUGCACACUACAUUUGAAUUGUGUUUUCUAAUGGGGACCGCUCUUCUAACUAUUUAGUAACACAUUUUCUUUAGAGUGCUGACUUGCUGUGGAGCCAGUAUUCUAUGGUCUUAAAUGAUACAGGGUCAGGUGCCAUUAAGAAACUAAAAAUAGAGAUUAACACUUCUUUUAACUGCCAGGUAAAUUUCUUAAAUGUUUCCUCAGUCUUAGUAUGUAUGUUCCACCAAAACCACCUCUAAUGUAACCAAAGUGUACUCAUGCAAAACCGGUGAAAUCUGUUGGGAGUAGUAUCCCUCAUGUGUGAUUGCUCAGCUGUGUAAUUCCUCACUAAAACAUUUAUCUUGUUUUCUCACUAAUGUCCUUCUAUGACCACUUCUAAAAUGGCAGACUUCAAAGUACUCCACCAUAAAAAGCACUGCUACUAUAAAUUCCUGUCUAUUCUAGAGAUGAUCAUAAAUUCUUUUUGGAGUGAUGAAUCAGAUGAGCUAUUUAGGGACUUAAAUGCAUUGAUUUCAAUGUCAUCUCACUUCUAGAUCUCUAGGCUUUUAUUUCAAAAGUUCCAGUCUUCUGUAUAAGUGAGUGCUCAGUGAUAAUAUUUGUACCAUUACAGCUUUGGAAAAGGCACUUUUGAGCCAUAUGCUUCCAUUGAUUUUUAAAUCCUACCUAUUGACUUCAAAGAAUUUAUAGCAAGUUAAGGUCCUAAAUACCUGAUGUGUUUCUAAUGUAGAAUUUUUGCCCAGCCAGAUGUAGAACAUGAGCUAAAUCCUUUAGUAAGGUGUUAGUAAAUCACAGUAGCUUACCUGGAUUGAAUUAAUUCCUGUAUUGUGUUGAAAUAAAUUGAGCACCCUUAAAGGCAGAAGUAUGUUUGCAAAUUGCCUGAAUGAUAUUAAAAAUUUGUUACCUUUUCAACUUUGAAACAUCAACUGCCAGAGACUGUAUAACAAAUGCAUUGAUUGCUAAGUAAUCUGAAGUCAUGCUCACAGUGACCAGAAAAUCCCUGCAGCUUGCAAUAUUUGUAUGUUGAGACAGUUGAUAAUAAAAAGCUAAUAAGAUUUUAUUAGUGCGUAUUUUAAAGAGUCCAUAAAGAAGUUAAAGUACAAUCAACUUAGAUGAAUAAUAAGUACAUGGGAGCUGGAUUUUGAGUACUAACCUUAAAAAAGGCAGUGAAUUGCUUUUAUCAUCCAAGAAAAACAGUAUCUGUACUAAUACGCAAACAUACAAAUAGGCAAAUGCCUUAUAUCUUCAAAACAUUGCGUAAAUGUAGAUGUAAAUAAUAAGUACAUGAGAAAAUCAGCAAACACUUUGCACUGUUUCACUUACCUUUAGAAAAGUAUUUCAGCCUAGAGGUAUAAAAAAAGACGCUUCAGCUGACCUCAGUUCUUGCAGCAGGAAGUGGGGAAAGGUUAAAUCUGUCAGGUAUCACAGAGGGGACCUCUGGAGGUCACCUAGUCCAGCUUCCCUGCUCAAGCAGGGUUACCUAGAGCCAGUUGCCCACAAGAGACAAGGUUCAGAUUACUUCUGAAUAGCUUCCAAGGAUGGAGAUCCCACAAGCUCUCUGGGCACCCUGUGCCAGUGCUUGGUCACUCUCACAGACAAAAAGUGUUUCCUUCUUCUAUAGAUAUAGGUUCUCCAAAUCUCUCCCUAUAUUUCUUAGUAGUUAAAUCAUUGUAAUUGGUUUAAUUGCAAACAUUCAAACGGUAACCAUCAUUUCAUUCAGUGAAAACUCUUGACCAAGCUCUCUAGGAUUUCACAGUUAAUAUCUUGGAAAGUUUGUAAAAGGAGUUUUGUCCUUCAAGGCAUGGGGUUUAUUUUUGAGUUAUACAGACUAAUGUCUUCAUCUUUUAAGGUCUUUCUGUAUGGUCACUGAUUCCCAGUCACAGGAUCCCUAUAUACGUUAAGAGAGUGAUUGAGAACAAAAGUUGCAUUAGAAAAUGCAGAGAGGAAAAAUACCCAUCAGCAUAUGUGUAGCUAUGUGCUGUGAACGAAUCUUAACCAAACUUCAGGAGCUCUAUGCAAUUCUAUGGCUUGUGUUAAGCAGAAAGUCAGGCAAGAUAAUCGUAUGGGACAUUCUGCCUUUAAAAGCUGUUAAUAUAUAUAAACAUAGUUAUGUCUGGGCCUGUAUUCUCAAGGGAGUAGUGAAGAGUUUCCUCAAAAGCCUUGUGUUACAAGCGGUUAUCUGUGUUAUUCAGAAAUGGGUACCUCUGACAUACAUUAUGGUUGCUAUCUCAGGAAACAAGCAUAGUGUGGAAGAUGUUCUUUUCCCCUUAGUGCUCGAUAGCAUUUUAGUAGUAUUCUGCCAGUCCCAAAAAGGUGAGCGAUAGGAAAGAAAUCUCAUUUUAAGAUGCCAGGGACCUGAAUUUUGAAAACAGUUAGCCUUAUGCAGCACUGUAAAUGUUCAAAACAUAGUAGGUGUCUUCUGUUGGAGCUCUGCAUCUACAAAACCUGGGAUAGACACCCCAGUAUGGCAAGUAAAUGUCUCAUAAAUAUAGAAUACACAGUUACUGUCCAUUAAAGGUAUUAUCAAUGAUAAAAAUUGCUUGCCUACAAGUGCACGGAUAGGAUUUCAUCACCCCAGGUAGUUUUUGGUGACAUCAGACUGUCUUUGCCACCAUCUUCUCCAACCCCCUGCUUUCUCUGCAUUCAGCUUUGCUCACAUCCUGAUGCCAUGUGAUGAUUUUCCCAUUCCUCACUACCUUUUUCUUUCUUUCUUUCUUUCUUUAUUUCCCACUAGUUUUUUGUCUCCAUUCUGGUUCCUUAUCACUACUUAGUCAUCCUAUUAACUUACCAACUACCGCUUCUUAGUCUCCCUUUUAAUUCACCAACCACCAAGUUAAUCCGUCCCUUUUCUCCGUCUGAUCUCAGUCACGCCUUUGUUCCCCAUCCAGUUCUCAACUCACCUCCCUUAAGUUCAGAUCCUUAUUCCUGGUACAGCUGACCAUAAUAAAGAGCUGAAAGUGGUAGAAAAGUCCUGCUCAGACCCAGAUGGAUUAAAUAUAAGGAGACAUAAUCUGUAAAUUUCAAAGUAGUAUCUUCUGGGUAUGUGCAAACAGCAAUUUUUCAAUUAUAGCUUGAUUGAAUGGAAGCAGAUUUUCUUGGGACAUGCAAAAUAUUUUUUCCUAUCUUCUUUCUCUCUAAUGUCUGUCUGGCCCAGGACGUUCCCUCAAAAAUAUGAGUGUAGACAGGUGAUAAUCUUGAAAGUUUUGAAAUAAUCUUUUAAAACUUGGAUGAAUAAGAAAUGAUAGACAAACUUAAUCAGAUAUGGUACUACCUACUACCUGCCUGCAAAAUAAUAUAAGUAGUAUGUAAGCACAUAAUUUUUACUGACCUUAUGCAUGCCAACCAGUACCUUUCAUUACAUAAUGGCUACAUGCAAAAGUUGUAUAUGUAAAUAUACUGCAUUGCUGUGUUUAAAAUUAUUGAGAAUGAUAAGGACUCAAGCCAUAUGCACAAACAUGUACUUGACCAUGCACACUUGAACCUAGGCAGUGCCUAGAUGCUACUCAUCUAGGAAGCAAAGGAUCUGAGAAUAUCUAGAUUAGACUGUAUGUUUGCUAAAAGUAUGGUGCUGUCAAGCCUAACUUUUUUUUUCCUAAUUUUAAUCCCAUUGCUGCUGGUUGCUUUUACUAUUGCUUGUUCACAUUCAUCAUAACUGGAGAAUAUGUGAACCUGCAGAUUUAGAUUCACUGUAGAUUUUGUUCCCCCUCAAGCUUACUGACUUGGUCUGUUUUUUUCAGUAGGAUUGACUUUACCAUGAUUGCUUAUCAGGGUAGUAUUCCACAUGAGUGAGGUCAGCAGAAUUCAGCCACUAUUUAUGGAAUUUCCCAAAAGAUUUGUUUAUUUGUGUUUAGUCUAAUCCCUUUACUCUCUCAAUAUAGAUUAUUAGAAGCAAGAUUUAUUUUUAUUUUUUUUAAAUGAGCAGGAGUCUCUUGAUCAAUGUUAAGUAAACCCACAGGGCAGAAUAUAAAUGUGUAUGUACAAGUGAUGUAUUACAGUCUAGAUUUAAUAGUUAUUUACAAAUGUUUGCAGACAUUGUCUUAUGAGCUUCAUAGACUGGAAUUAUUAGAAGGGCUUAAUUUAAGAAAUGUAAUCAGAAUAUAGGCAUGGAACAACUUAUUUUGCUACGUGAAAGUAUAUGUUUAGUCAUCCACUUAAUCCAUUUUGUUAAAAAAGAAUAGGGGUUUGUUCAAGCUACUUUUUCUUUGAUUUAUUUUCCAUCAAGCCUUUGAAAAUGAAGUCUUACUCUUUAUUUUUCUUUUAAAUGUGUGCUGCCUUUAGUGUUUAUGGAAAGCUUAUCAUGUGUUAAGAGUGUGACACCUUCUUGUCUGAUCAUUCCUGGAUUAUUUGAUAGAAUUAAAAGUGGUAUUUCAAAGCAUGGUCGUUGGAAGAAGGUCCUUUACUGACCUGUUAAUGUAUAUGAUAUUGUGUGCUUGAGUGGCUGCCUUUACCACAGAGUGGUACGCAUAUGCAAUAUGAUGCUUUGAAGCACUAAGUUCAAACAAAGUACGUUUUAAUAGUAUUGCAGAGACCUGCUAAUUUUCCCCCAUUUGAAACUGUUCUCUCCUGAGCAUACUGGUGAUAUAGUAAUGUAAUAAUACCAAGUGCUCUUAGCACCUGCUGCGAGCUCUUACUACAGGUGGCAUGUUAGGGGGUUGUCUGCGCUGUCAGUGUAUUUCCACAGUUUUUCAUUAGUGUCUUUUGUAGCCCCGCUUAGCUUUUCUGUAGCAGAGUCCUGAUCACCAAGGUGAGAUGGAUAGGUCUCAUUGAUGUGUCAGCUUGCUACAGAAACUGUUGCCCCCUGUCCUUAAAAAGUUAUAUAAUGCUUGGUAAGUGCUUCCCAAACUUCUGGUGUUUUCAGUCUGUGUACUGAGGAUUCUGAAAAAAGGACUGGCCACUGGCUUGUUUUUUUCAUGCAGUCUCAUUUCCUGUUCUCAACAGCUGAAACAUGUUGUAAUCUUAUGAAUCCACUGGAGAAGAAAUAAGGGUAUGCUUAAUAUUUCAUACUUAAAGCAGAUCAGAUGAACACAAAUUCUCUUUGUUUUCCGCUUGCAGUUUAUGCAAGUUAAUAUGCAACAUGCUUUUGCCACAUAUAUUAUGGUUUGGUAUUCUGACACAAAUGGAAAACAAGUGUGAUUCCAUAUCCAGAGGAAGUAUAAUGAAUUCAGGGAACACUUCGCAUUCAAGUAUCUUAACCGUUUGCAUACAGUGAGAAAACAUGCAAGUUACAGUGCUUGCAACAGAUACUUUAAGGGGUUUAGUACAGAUCUGGAAAAUAACAUUCUUCUGUAUAAGGCCAGAUUUUAGCAUUGCAUUCGUACCUGGCUGCAUGUUAAUGUAUGUCUUCAUUGUUGUACCUUUGAGGAUUAGCACUCAAAUGUUGUUAUCAGUGAUCAUGUUAGUCUCGAUACAUACUAUUAUUUUUAUGUCACAUAACACCUUACAGAGUUUACCUAAUCAGAUGGAAUAUGCAAGUAUUUCUGCCUUUUGUAUGCAAAAGAGUAGCUGUCAAGUUGUGUUAUCUUUGUCAAGCUGUGAUAUAGAAUGUGAGACGCCUGAAUGAUGACCCCUUCAUCCCACCUACUUCUAAAUUUUCAUGUAGUAAAAUCAAGUUCCCACAACUGAUAGCUGUUCAAUUCAGAAUAUUAAGUAACUAGGGUUUUGGACCAUGCAGUAAUAUAAACUUGAUACAGUGACUCCUGGAAACCAAUAAAUAUCAUUUUAAGUGGAAAUGUGCAAUUAAAGGUUGAUUUUUAUAACACAUUAUAGAAUGUUGUCUGAAUAAAAUAGCUUAUUUGCAAAAUUAGUUUACUUUGUAUCAAUUUGUGCUUUUAUAACAUAGUGUAAUGAAAAGGUAACAUUGGCCAUUAAUGCAAGUAGAUUCUACGUACUUUGAUUAAGAAGCACAUUUUACUUGUUUCUACUACGAAUAUGAUUUUUGCAGUCCGUGAGAGAGUUAAUACAGAAGGCUCUGUGAACUGCAAUUCAGUAAUAGACAUUUUGUGAAAGUGGUUGUGAAUUAGACAACGUUUUUUCCAUAGUUACAUUUUUCCUAGAAAUUAAACUGGAAUAUGAAGAUGUGUAUAAUGUAAAAUGCACUGAAUGAUUUGGAAUUAUAUUCAUUUGCUUUUUUGUUGGUUUUGCUUUCUUUUUUUAAUUGGUUCUGCCAAUGAGCUGUAACAUAUGCCUCUCAAGCUGCUGAUUCAGUUACAUGGAUCCCAGGGCAUUAAAACAUAAUGGAAAGAAGGAAAAAAAAAAAGAGGAAGAAAAAAAAAAAUAGCUAGGCAGAACCUCAGAGCCUGGGAUGUGAUAAUUUGCUGACAGGUAAAUUUUGAAUUACCAACUUUUUUAGGUGCUGGCAUAUAGAAAGCCCAGAUAUGCAGAUAAUUGGUCUUUCAGGUAGGAAGAAAUGGUCCCUGUAUGUUUUUGAGAUUCAAGAAUUUGAAAAGUAGUCAGAGACUUUGGAACAAACUCAGAGUACUUAGGAUGAGACUCUUUGGGAGGAAAAGACAAACCACUGAACAACCUUUAAUGCUAUCUAAGGAAAGAGACCAGUCAGUUCUGAAAAUACUGAUGAUAUUGUAAUAUUCAGAUUAUAUGUAAUUCAUAUCGUCAGGCUUUUUCCUGUAGUUCAGAGGUCCUGAAAUUAUAAGGUAGUUGUUAUCUCAUUAAAAUAUGCAUUCUGUGUUUUGCUUGUGGUAUAUGAGAACUUGGAGGCUUUACUGUACUUAGAAAGCACUUGAGAGGUGUGAUGCAGUAGUUUCAUUGUAAAUGAAUAUGUAUUUCCAAAUUGUAUUUCCAUUUUGUGUAGGGGUUUUUUUGAAACUGCUUUCCUGUGCAUCAUAUUAAAUGGAAAAAUAAAAAGGAUACCAUGUUAAUAUUUUUAA